CAUUCCUUGGCCUGAGAGGGGGAGCAGCACCCGGGCGUUCCCUCCUAGGGGGGUCCAAAUAUUGUGUCACCCCCCCCGGCCCCUCUCAUCCCAGCCAAGGGGGGCCGGGUGCGGCCUUGGACGGACACACAGCCGCACGGACGGAUGGACUGAGUCAUCCUUGGCCCAGCCGCGCGGCCCCGUCCCCGUCCUCCUCCUCCUCCUCCUCCUCCUCCUCCUCCUCCAUCCCGCCCUCCCCGCUCCGGCACCCGCCAUGGCCCCGACCCUGCUGCUGCUGGUGGGGCUGCUGGCCCCCCACGGUGCAGGCCCGUUCCCGGUGCGCCUGGCCGGGGGUCCCGGGCAGUGCGCGGGGCGCGUGGAGGUGCUGCACACCGGGCGCUGGGGCACCGUCUGCGAUGACGACUGGGGGCUGCCAGACGCGGCCGUGGUCUGCCGGGAGCUGGGCUGUGGCACCGCGCUGGCCGCCCCAACGGGCGCCUGGUUCGGGGAGGGCUCUGGCCCCAUCUGGCUGAAUGGGCUGCGGUGCCGCGGCAGCGAGGGGCGCCUGGCCCAGUGCCGACACCGGGGCUGGCGCAGCCACGUCUGCACCCACGAGGAGGACGCCAGCGCCGUGUGCUCAGCUCACCCCUUCCUCUCCCUGGGCACCAUGGAGCCCCCUGCACCCUCCACCACCACCGCCAGCACCCCAGCACCAGGUGACACGGCGCUGCGGCCGGCUGGGGGUCCCAGACGCUGUACGGGGCACACGGAGGACACCGGCGUGGCAUGCACAGGGACCCCCACGCUGCGGCUGGUGGGGGCCGAGGGCCACUGCGCGGGGCGCGUGGAAGUGCUGCACGCCGGCCGCUGGGGCUCCGUCUGCGACGACGGCUGGGGGCUUGAGGACGCGGCCGUGGUCUGCCAGGAGCUGGGCUGCGGCGCUGCUCUGGCUGCGCCCCGUGGGGCGUUUUUUGGCGAGGGCACUGGCCCGAUCUGGCUGGACAACGUGCGGUGCCAGGGCAACGAGUCAGCCUUGCUGCAGUGCCCGGCCGCCCCGUGGGGCAUCACGGACUGCCAGCACCGGGAGGAUGCGGCUGUCGUCUGUGCAGAUGAGCUGACGGCCGUGGACCCCAUGGAGCCCAGUCCCCAUCGGCUGCCAACCAGCCCAGCUCGUGUGCCCCCCUCUGCCGUGCCACACGAGACCACCCAGCCCCACAUCUCCAGCUCUCCUCAGCCUGCCCCGAGCAGCCAGACUGUGGCCGGGAUGGGGCACAGGGCUCCAGCCCAGCUACGUCUGGCCGGGGGCCCUGGGCGCUGUGCGGGACGCGUGGAGGUGCUGCACGCUGGGCGCUGGGGCACCGUCUGCGAUGACAGCUGGGGGCUGCCGGACGCGGCCGUGGUCUGCCGGGAGCUGGGCUGCGGGGUGGCGCGUGAAGCCCCCCGCAGCGCCCACUUUGGCCCUGGCACCGGCCCCGUCUGGCUGGACGAGGUGAACUGCCAGGGGACGGAGCCCACGCUGCGGCGCUGCCCGGCUGAGCCCUGGGGCAGGCACAACUGCAACCACCAUGAGGACGCUGCUGUCAUCUGUGCAGGUGGGAUGGCCCCAGGAUGGGGCAGCCACCCUGAUCCCUGCUCCGUGUCGUGGCUGGGGGCUGGAGCAGGUCUGGGGGGCACGGAGCCCUCCCCGUGCACCCCCCUCGUGCACCUGCUGGGGUCCCUCCCCGUUUCCUCAAGUUCCUGUCCCCAAGGGAUGCCCCAGCCUCUGACCCUGGGUGCCUCCGGGGGUGGGCAGGGUCCCCAAGCAGGGAUCAUUGCCCUGGGGGCACUGAGGGGACAGGGGGCCCCCAUGCACAGGAUGGGGCUGGGACAGGGCCUGAGCUCCCUCUUUACUCUUGCAGGGCCAGAGGACCUGCCAUCACCCACAGGGACCUCCCGGUGGCCCCCAGGACUGGAUCGAGUUGGCACCAUCCCCAGCACUACCCAGCGCCCCUUGGGACAGGAGCCAUCCAGCACCAUCCCCAGCACCACAAAGCGCCCCCCCGGACAGGAUCGAGUCAGCACCACCCCAGGCAAAGCGGGACGGGAUCCCAUUCGUAUCAUCAGGAUCACCCGACUCAAAGCAGAGCAGGAUCCAGCUGGCGUCAUCCAAAGCACAAAGCCCAAGGCAGGACCUGGUGCGGCUGGUACCACCCGGUCUAAGGUGGGACGGGAGCCUAGUGGCCCCACCAGGUCCAAAGCAGGAUGGGAUCCAGCUGGCACCAACAGGUCCAAGGCAGGACGGGAUCCAGUUGGCAUCACCAAACCCAAAGCAGGACAGAAUCUAGCUGGUACCAACAGGUCCAAGGCAGGACACGAUCCAGUUGGUAUCACCAAGCCCAAAGCAGGACAGAAUCUAGCUGGUACCAACAGGUCCAAGACAGGACGGGAUCCAGUUGGCAUCACCAAGCCCAAAGCAGGAUGGGAUCCAGCUGGCACCAACAGAUCCAAGACAGGACGGGAUCCAGUUGCCAUCAACAAGGCCAAAGCAGGAUGGGAUCCAGCUGGCACCAACAGAUCCAAGGCAGGACGGGAUCCAGUUGCCAUCAACAAGGCCAAAGCAGGACAAAAUCUAUCUGGCACCAACAGGUCUAAGGCAGGACGGGAUCCAGUUGGCAUCACCAAGCCCAAAGCAGGACAGAAUCUAGCCGGCACCAACAGGUCCAAGGCAGGACAAGACCCAGUUGGCAUCACCAAACCCAAAGCAGGAUGGAAUCUAUCUGGCACCAACAGAUCCAAGACAGGACAGGACCCAGUUAACAUCACCAAACCCAAAGCAGGAUGGAAUCUAUCUGGCACCAACAGGUCCAAGACAGGACGUGAUCAAGUCGCUACCAUCCAUAUCACCCACCCCAAAGCAGAACAGGAUCCCCUCAGCACCGUGAAGAUCACCCAGCCCAAAGCUGAGCGGGUUGUGGUGGGGGCCAAACAGACCACCAUGAGUCCAUCACGUUGGGUUUCGGUGGGGACCACGCAAGGCAUCAAGCCCAAAGCAGGUUGGGAUCUGGUUGGUACCACCAGGAGCACCCAGACGCUGGUAGGACGGGAUCCUGUUAGUGCCACCCAGACCGGUGGGUGGCACCCACGGCCCAAAGCAGGGCAGGACUCAGCCCCCACCACGGUGCUCCCAGCAGGUGCUACCAUGUGGGGGAACCACCACCUGGGAGAACCAGGUCCAGAGGGGACCAUGAGGAGCACUCAUCCUGCAGCAGCACUGGAUCUGGGUGGUACCAUGGGGAGCACACAUCCCACAGCAGAACUGGGUCCUGAAGGUCCCAUCAGGAUCACACGUCCUUCAGCAGGUCUGGAUCUGGAAGGCAGCACACGGAGCACACGUCCUGAAGCAGAACUGGGCCUGGAUGAUACUGUAUGGAGCACACAUCCCACAGCAGAACCAGGGCCAGGUGGUACCACAUGGGGUCCACGUCCUUCAGCAAGACCAGGUCCUGAAGGUCGCAUGAGGAGCACACGUCCUGUGGGUGCAGAACUGGGUGCAGAAGGUACGAUGAGAACACAUCCUGUGUCGGAACUGGGUCUGGACAGUACCCGGAGGGGUACUUCAGCAGAACCAGAUCCUAGAGACAACACACAUCCUUCAGCAGAACCAGGUCCAGAAAGUACCACGUGGAGCACACAUCCAACAGCAGACCCAGGUCCAGAAGAUACCAUGAGGAUCACACAUCCCACAGCAGAACCUUACACAGAUGGUGCCAUGUGGAGCACGCAUCCCACAGCGAGACCAGGUCCAGAAGGUACCAUGAUGAGUGCACAUCUCACAGCAGAACCAAGUCCAGGAGGUACCAUAUGGAGCACAAAUCCCACAGUAGAACCAGGUCCAGAAGGUACCACGAUGAGUGCACAUGCCAUAGCAGAACCAGGUCUAGAAGAUACCAUGAUGAGCACACAUCCUACAGCAGAACCAGAUACAGAUGGUGCCAUGUGGAGCACGCAUCCAACAGCAGAACCAGGUCCAGGAGGCACCAUGAGGAGCACACAUCCCACAGUAGAACCAAGUCCAGGAGGUACCAUGAGGAGCACACAUCCCACAGCAGGACUGAAUCCAGAAGGCAACACACAGAGCAUAAGUCCUGCAGCAGAACUGGACCUGGCCGAUAUCAUAUGGAGCACACAUCCCACAGCAGAACCAGGUCCAGGAGGUACCACACUGGGUGUUGAACUGGGUCCAGAAAGUACCAUGAGGAGCACACAUCCUGCAGUUGAAUUGGGUCCAGAAAGUACCAUAAGGAGCACACAUCCUGCAGCUGAACUGGGUCCAGAUGGUACCAUGAGGAGCACACAUCCUACAGCUGAACUGGGUCCAGAUGGUACCACGUGGAGCACACAUCCUGCAGUUGAACUGGGUCCAGAUGGUACCAUGAGGAGCACACGUCCUCCAGAAGAACUGGGUCCAGAAGGUACCACGUGGAGCACACAUCCUCCAGAAGAACUGGGUCCAGAAGGUACCACGUGGAGCACACGUCCUCCAGAAGAACCAGGUCCACAUGGCACCUCGCAGAGUGCACAUUCUUCAGCAGAACUGGGCUUGGCUGAUACCUUGCAGAGUGCCCGUCUCACAGCAGUUGUUCCCACAUGGAGCACGCACCCUUCAGCAGAACCAAAUACAGAUGGGACCAUGAGGAGCUCACAUCCUGCAACAGCAUCAGGUCUAGACGGUACUACGUGGGGGACACGUUCUUCAGAUGAUUUUGACCUCAAUGGAACCAUGAGGAGCACACAUCCUUCAGCACAAGCAGGUCUAGAAGGCACCAUGGAGAGCACACAUCCCACAUCAGAACCAGGCCCAGAAGGUGCUGGCGCAGGCGUGGGCCUCACUGGGGUCUCUGUGCCCCCCACCACAUCUCCAUCAGCCUCCUCAUCUCUGCCCCCUACCCUGUGGCCGGCCAGCCCCCCUGCCCUUGCAGUCCAACUGGGUCUGGGCACUGCCACUCACUCCCAGCACCCCACAGAGGCCACCAGCACCUGGGAGCCACCAGCACCCAUCCAGUACCCAGAGGAGACCCCCAGCACCCAUGGACCCCUAGAAUCCACCCAGAGCCCCCCAGGGAACCCCAGCACCCAGGGACUCCCAGCACCCACCCAGAGGUCCGAGGAGACCCCCAGAACUCAGGGACCCCCAGUACACACCCAGCACGCUGUGGAGACCACCAUGGCCUGGAAGGAGCUUGUGCUCUCCCAGCACCCCCCUGCAGAGCCCCCCAGCUCCUGGAUGCCCCCAGCCCCCUUUACCCAGUCCCCACCAGGAACCCAAAGCCCCCAAAGCCCCCCCAGCACUCACUGUGCUCCCCCCAGGUGCCACCAGCCCUUACAUGCUUGCUGCCCCCUCGGAGCCCCCCAUGGAGCCCCCCAUCCCCCAGAGCCCCCCAGCAUCCCCUCAGCACCCUGUGAAGUUGCUCGGCACCCCAACCCCCCCAGCACCCCCCCAGAACCUCACUGAUACCCUCAGCUCCAAGAGCCCCUUGGCACCCCCCCAGUAUCCAAGAGAGCCCGCCAGCACCUCGACCCCCCCAGCACACACCCAGCACCCCAUGGGGAUUUUUGACACCCAGACCCACCCAGCACCCCCCCAGCAACCCCCAGAGCCCCCCACCACCCAGGGCCCCCCAGCACCCCCGCAGCACCCUGUGGAGACCUUCAGCACCCAGGGACCCCCAGCACCCCCCCAGCACCCCAUGAAGUUGCUCAUCACCCAGAAGACCCCCCCACAUUCGCAGCACCCUAUGGAGACCUUUGGCACCCAGGCCCCCCCAGCAUCCCCCCAGCACCCUAUGAAGAUCUUUGGCACCCAGGGCUCACCAGCACCCCCUCAGCACCCCAUGAAACCCCCCAGCACCCUGAGGCCCACAACACCCCCCCAGCACCCUAUGGAGACCCUUGGCACUCAGGAACCCCCAAUCCCUCCCCAGCACCCUAUGGAAACCCUUGGUACCUGGGUACCCCCAGUCCCCCCCGAGCACCCCAUGGAGACCCUUGGCACCCAGACCCUCCCAGUACCCACAGAGCUCCUCCACACCACCCCUGACAGCCCCCCGGACAUCCCCAUGCUGCCUGGCCCCCCAUGUGCAGGUCCAGCUCCACCAGCAGUGCCAACACCCCCCUUGGUGGGGGGCCAGGGGGGUCCCUGCAUGACCCCCCUGCUGCGGGCGCUGCUGUGGGAGGUGCGGGGGCUGCGGGGGCAGCUGCGGGCCCUGGCCCGUGCCCAGCAGCGGGGGGCUCAGCGCCUGGAGGCUGUUGCCCGCCGCCUGGGCCGGCUGUCUGCCCUCGGCCAGCACCUCCUGGGGGGGCCCCCCAGGCUCUAUGGGGCCAUGGGCACCCGAGGAGGUCUUUGUAGGGGCUGCAAGUGAAAUAAAACCAGGACGGUUCCCCAAA